AGCCCUAUUUAACCCUGUCAUUUGGCUUAGAGGCGCAUAAACCGUGCAUCACUUGUCAUCCCACUGCAUUCAUCCAACUCAACUCUGACCGGUCAUAAAUAUGAUCUGGCUCUGCAUCACAUUAGUGUUUUCAAUUACUCCAGUCAUCUCUGAUUAUAACAUUGACACAAGCCACAUUAGAGUUUUUCCAGAAGAAAUUCAAAGUGUUGCUGGAGUAUUUCAGGUUAGUCACUUGAAUGACCUCAACCAGCCUAUGUACUUCUACAAUGUUGUUGAAGCUCGGAAUGUCUGCUUGUCCCUCGGGGUUGAAAUCGCCUCAAAGGCACAAGUAGAGGAAGCUCUCAAUAGAGGUCUCGAAACAUGCAGAUUUGGAUGGAUUGAUGAACAUUUUGCAGUCAUUCCCCGCAUCAAGGCCCUUUCUAUGUGUGGAAAAAACCAGACCGGCUUGGUGACAUGGCGAGCCUAUGUUACAAAAAAGUUGGAUGUGUUUUGUUUCAAUGAAUCAGAUGCAGCGACACAAUUGCAGGAUGCAACAACUGAUAGCCCUUCAGGCAGGACGGAUUUCUCGGGGCAAACUCAGUCCCCUUCUAGAGCAGCAAGCUCCAGCCAGACCACACACUCUACGUCUUCCUCCACCCUUUCCCUUUCUUUUUCCUCCUCAACUCCAACAACCACAGACUAUGGGGCAGAACUAGCCCUGUUUGUGGGCAGCUCAAAAAGCUCUGCUGGAGCAAAGGCAAUAAUCAUCACCUCGACUUGUGGCCUUUUCCUUAUCCUAAUGAUCAUCAUUGCAUUCAUCAAACUGAGAAGAAGUCCAGCAGUGAGAACCGACAUAAAGCAGACACAAGAGUACAUCCAGACGGUAGAGUGGACGUGUGAGGAGAAAACAGAGAAAACAGAGGAGGCUGCACAGGAAGAAGAGAGUAUAGAAGUGGAAGAAAAUGCAAGUUAAACAUUUCUGAUGAGAUAUCUUUGAGAAGCCCUCAAUGGACAACUAAUAUGUAAUACACUUUUUUGUUUUUUUGUAAAAGUUCUGUGAAAUAGUGGCCUUUAAGGGCGUUUAUAUUUUGUAAAUGUUACAUACUGUCAGUGUGUGUGUGUUUUUUUAAUCAUCUGAUGUUAUUAAAUGGUGCAGUUUAGCCAGUAGAUGGCAAUGUGUGCUAUGCAAUCAC